UGUCUGAGCAACACACCUCCUCUUACAGAAUACUUCCUCAAUGAUAAAUACCAAGAAGAGCUGAAUUUUGACAAUCCUUUAGGAAUGAGAGGUGAAAUCGCAAAAUCUUAUGCAGAGCUUAUCAAGCAAAUGUGGUCAGGAAAAUACAGCUAUGUUACCCCAAGAGCAUUUAAGACACAAGUGGGACGAUUUGCACCACAGUUUUCUGGUUAUCAGCAACAAGAUUGUCAAGAGCUACUGGCUUUUCUCUUGGAUGGAUUGCAUGAGGAUUUGAAUCGAAUUAGGAAAAAGCCUUACAUUCAGUUAAAGGAUGCAGACGGGAGACCAGACAAGGUGGUUGCUGAAGAAGCCUGGGAAAACCAUUUAAAAAGAAAUGAUUCCAUCAUUGUAGAUAUAUUUCAUGGCCUUUUUAAAUCCACCCUAGUUUGUCCUGAGUGUGCUAAGAUAUCUGUAACCUUUGAUCCUUUUUGUUACUUGACACUUCCAUUACCCAUGAAAAAAGAACGCACUUUGGAAGUUUAUUUAGUUAGAAUGGAUCCACUUGCAAAGCCUAUGCAGUACAAAGUAGUUGUUCCCAAAAUUGGAAAUAUAUUGGAUCUUUGCACAGCAUUGUCAGCUUUGUCUGGUGUUGCUGCAGAUAAGAUGAUUGUUACCGAUAUAUACAAUCACAGGUUCCACAGGAUAUUUGGCAUGGAUGAAAAUUUAAGUAGUAUUAUGGAGCGUGAUGACAUUUAUGUAUUUGAAAUUGCUAUCAAUAGAACAGAAGAUACAGAACAAGUUAUAAUUCCUGUUUGUUUAAGGGAAAAGUGCAGGCACACUAGCUACAGCCAUAGUAGUUCUUCACUGUUUGGUCAACCUUUUCUCAUAGCAGUGCCUAGAAACAACACUGAAGACAAAUUGUAUAACCUGCUGCUGCUAAGAAUGUGCCGAUAUGUAAAAACAUGCACUGAAAGUGAAGACACUGAAGGAUCCCUACACUGCUGUAAGGACCAUGGUAUCAAUGGUAAUGGCCCAAAUGGAAUACAUGAAGAAGGAUCUCCAAGUGAAAUGGAAACAGAUGAACAAGAUGACGAAUCCAGCCAGGAUCAGGAACUUCCUUCAGAGAAUGAAAACAGCCAGUCAGAAGACUCAGUUGGAGGUGACAAUGACUCUGAAAAUGGAUUAUGUACUGAGGAUACUUGCAAAACUCAACCACUUAUGGGACACAAAAAGCGACUGUUUACAUUCCAGUUCAAUAAUUUAGGCAAUACUGACAUAAACUACAUCAAAGAUGAUACCAGGCAUAUUAGAUUUGAUGAUAGGCAACCUAGGCUUGACGAAAGAUCUUUCCUUGCUUUGGAUUGGGAUCCUGAAUUGAAGAAGAGAUAUUUUGAUGACAGUGCAGCAGAGGAUUUUGAAAAACAUGAAAGUGUGGAAUAUAAGCCUCCCAAAAAGCCUUUUGUGAAAUUAAAAGAUUGCAUUGAGCUGUUCACAACAAAGGAAAAACUAGGUGCUGAAGACCCAUGGUAUUGUCCAAACUGUAAAGAACAUCAGCAAGCCACCAAGAAGUUAGACUUGUGGUCACUGCCCCCUGUUCUGGUAGUUCAUCUAAAACGCUUUUCCUACAGCAGAUAUAUGAGGGACAAAUUGGAUACAUUGGUUGACUUUCCAAUAAAUGACUUGGACAUGUCAGAGUUCCUUAUUAAUCCCAAUGCAGGGCCUUGCCGCUACAACUUGAUUGCUGUCUCCAACCACUAUGGAGGAAUGGGAGGAGGGCAUUAUACUGCUUUUGCAAAAAAUAAGGAUGAUGGAAAAUGGUACUACUUUGAUGACAGUAGCGUGUCCACUGCGUGUGAGGACCAGAUAGUGUCCAAAGCGGCGUAUGUGCUCUUCUACCAGAGACAGGACACAAUCAGUGGAACUGGCUUUUUCCCUCUUGACCGGGAAACUAAACAAGGUGCUUCAGCUGCCACAGGCAUCCCACUAGAAAGUGAUGAAGACAGCAAUGAAAAUGAUAACGAUAUAGAAAAUGAAAAUUGUAUGCACACUAACUAAUGGAAGAACUAGAAGCCAUAAAAGAGACUUUCUUACUGGGGAUACCCAUUGAAAGAGUGAAAUUGCCCACCAAAUUGAGAAUAAAAAUCUGAGAUGGGGAAUUUCAGAUAACAGAAUGUAAAUCUUUAUUACAUUUUAACAUGUGCAGUACUUGAAGUGAAACAAUAAAAACUUAAACAGAAA